GAAAUAUAGGAUACCAUCUUGGGGCGCUGUGGGGGAAAUUAUUAACAACCAAAAUAUAAGGUGAAAGGUAAAAGGUCAUCGUGGAAUUUGCUAGUGAACGGUUGGCAACGGAAGCGGUCUGUUCUAGCGUGUGUUACUCCUACAAAUAGAUCAAAUCGACUCGGUCAUUGUCACAUUAGCGUGCUAGCUACAGUAGAUAGAUAUUUAUUUAACAAACAGAAAUGGCCAAGAAACGAAGAGAUAGACGAAAGGCAGAUAGUGUUUCGUCAGUACACGAAGAACCGAAGUCAAAACUUGACGAGGCACAAACACUUAUAGAGACCCAAUACGUUGGAGGGGGUUCAGCUCGCAUCUCUCUUCUUAUCCUGCUGUCCAUCUUCACCUGCGCUGCCUCUGUCAUGUACCUAGUGUAUAGAAAUUUCCCAGAACUCAACAAUGAUGAGUUGGCAACUAUUAAAAUUCCCAAAGAUAUGGAGGAUGCCAAAGCAUUAGGCACUGUGCUUUCCAAAUAUAAGGACACCUACUACACCCAAGUGUUGGUUGCCUACUUUACCACCUACAUCUUCCUCCAGACCUUUGCGAUCCCUGGGUCGAUCUUCCUCAGCAUACUGUCUGGUUAUCUCUACCCCUUCCCCCUUGCUCUUUUUCUGGUCUGCCUGUGCUCUGGCCUGGGGGCGUCCUUUUGCUACAUGUUGUCUUAUUUAGUGGGGCGGCCUGUAGUCUACUGCUAUCUGACCGAGAGAGUCCAGAAAUGGUCCCAGAAGGUUGACAAGCACAGAGAUCAUCUCAUCAAUUACAUAAUAUUUCUGAGGAUCACUCCCUUUCUACCCAACUGGUUCAUCAACAUUACCUCACCUGUCAUCAAUGUGCCCUUGGGGGUCUUCUUCCUUGGUACUUUCUUAGGUGUGGCCCCACCCUCAUUUGUGGCGAUCAACGCUGGUACAACACUGUACAAACUGACCACAGCAGGGGAGGCAGUGUCCUUUUACUCUCUAAUUGUGCUUGGUGUCCUGGCCAUGCUUUCUAUUCUGCCUGUCAUCUUCCAAAAGAAACUGCAGCAAAAGAUGGAGUAGGCACAAGACAACUCAGCAACUCCAAUCAUGCCUGAUCCACGUGCCCUUCCCUUUGCUCAGGGAUGUUACAUGGCGCUAUCACUAACAGUCUUGUCUAUGUCCCACCCAGCUGUUUUGUGGUGGAAAGUUUGCCAGUUCACUCCUGACUCAAAAUGUGUGUGGAAGUGGUGGCCACAUCAAAAUGUGUGUUGGCACAGGACUAACAGACCUCUUUGUUAACCCAUUUUUAUUCAUUGAUUGUGUAAAUGGAAGACUGAGGGAAAUAAUUUCAGUAAGCAUCAGGUUUCCUUCUAUGAAUAUUGUUUCUAAUCACAACGCUUCUCACAAGUUUGAGCUACACUCCCCUAUAGGUGACUGCACAGCAAUACUGAUCAGAGUUGCAGUUCAGUGUUAUUUUCACAGUAUAUGAGAAUGAUAAUUUUAUUGGUUAGAAAUGUUGUCUAAGUUUCUAUCAUUUGAGGAAAUUGUUAACAAACUCAAUCUAAAAUUGUGUGCCAACAAUGCUGACACUAAAGCAUAUGAAUAUGAAGAAAAUAACUUUUAAUGGUUUUGCUGGGUUUGCCAAGGUGUAUCACUGAUAAAUCACUAGUAAUUGGAUUUAAUUGUGUGAAAUGGCAAGUAUCAAGUAUGGAAAACCUAAGGUUUUGCAUACUAUAAUUUCAAAUCUAUUGGUGCUGUGAAAAGGGAUUUGAAAAUGUAAGCACUUUUGACAUGAAAAUCAUCUCCUUUUCAGUUUAUUGAGAUAAAUUAAUGCUACUUUUUCAGUCAAUUAAUUUAAAUUUUUAAUUUUUCAAGAAUUGUCCAUUCAAAUGUAUGCUCGCUUGUCUCACCAAUCCAAAUGCCAUGCUAUCUAUACCAGUUGGAAAAUGCAGUAGGUAUCUCCAUACAUUGAAUCACACUGCAUUGCCCCAUUGCAAAACUGCCAAAUUAUGUUUGGUUAUUCAUUUUCCCAGAUUUUGUGUCAAUAGGUUGAAGUAAAUCUACGCUUGUCUUACUGAGGAUGUUUCUUCUAAGUUGAUGUCUUAAGCACUGUUCAUGUUUAUACAUCUGAGAAUACACAUUUAUUAAAAUGUAUUUGAUGAUUUGGAUUUUUUAAUUUAUUUAUAGAAAAUAUCUUUUUUGUUAGUAUUUAAUAAAAUGGAUUUGUGUGGCCUUUAGGCAUGUCUUCAUACUUAUCUUUUAUGUAAUGGCCAUACUUUCUGUAUGCCAACCCUAGUAUAACUCAUCAAUGUAGUUACUUCCUUUUAUUUGAUGAAAAAUAAAAGGAAGUUAUUUUAUGAUGUGUAAAUGAUUGUCCCUGUCAGUUUAAUACCAAUCACUGUAACACACAUUUAACUACCAGUUCAAACUUUGCAACAUUGUUGAUUUUUAUCAAGAAAGUACUGAGAAUUUAUUUGCUGGCUUAGAUCAUUUGGAGUGUUUGUGGUCUUCACAAUAUUAAUAAGUUGUGCAAAAUCAUGAUUUUGUUUUAUUGUGUACCUAUUUAUUAUAAAAUCAUAAAAAAUGUGAUUUCUUGCUCCCUUUCUUUAGAAUUAUUGGCAAAUAAGGUGAAUACUUGUAUUUAUGCAUGUGUUACUCAUCAUUUUACCAGAGGGUGGAGCUGUUUGUAUACAUGCACAUGUAAGCCUUACAUUUGCUUAGAUUUAUCAAGUAUGGGACUUUUUUAUAUUGCAACAGUGUUUAUUUUUUUUUUGUGAUUUUAAAAUGUUUGCUGCCUACUAUUCUUUCUCUGUCCCUUGAGUGCUCAUUUAAAAUACCUAUUACCGUGUAGUACUUUGACUCAAGGGUCUAGGCAGGUUCCUAUCAGUGCAUUUAUUACUUUUGUAUUAUUAAAGUUUACAGUUUAAAUUGAA